AUGGCGCCCGCGCGAGGCACUCGCACAAAAUGGCGGCGGCGGCUGAGGGAAGAGAAGGAGGAGGAGGAGAACGGCGGCAGCAGCAGCGGCGGCAGCGGCCCCCGGCGCUUUGCCCGCACACGCUCGCUCAGCGCCCGCGGCCCGCACACGCCGCCACCGCCGCCACAGCGUCUUCCGAGCCCGCCGGGGCCGCGAUGUCGUCGCGUCCCCUCACGCCGCCGCCGCCCGCCGCGCUCCUCCUCCUCCUCCUCCGCCGCGGCUCUGGGCCCGCCCCCCCCGCGCGCCGCCAUUGGCCGCGGCCGCGGCGUCUCGCGCGCUCAUUGGCUUUCAGCCACGCCCGUCAACCUCGCGGCGACGUCACGCGCGGGCCCCGCCCUCCUCCGCUUCCCCUCGGCCGCCGCCGCCGCCGUGCGCGCGCGAAGGGGGCGGGGCCUCGCCGCGCGUGGUGUCACGUGCCCCGCGCCCGUCACGUGGUGGCGGCGUCCCCCCGGGAAUGGUGGGGAAAGAGGGGGGAAAAGGGAGGGAAAGGGGGAAAAGGGCGGCGGCUUCCGCCUGGCGAGAACCGGGACGGGCACCGGGAGUAGGAAUGGGCCUCCCCUCCCGCCACUGCGUCAUGGCCGCCGCCCCCCCUCCCCUCACGCACUGUGGGCAGCGCCCCCUGGCGGCCGGUGUGUGUGAGGGGAAGCGGCCCGUGCGUCAUUAAUUAGUGACGCUCGUAAUUAAACCGAGAGUGUGUGGCCCCGGGGCGGGACAGAAGCGGUCCCUGGAGUCGCCGUCGGGGUCAGGGCGUGAUAAAACCCGCGAUAAAGUGGUUCCAAGACAGUCACUUAAUAAAAAUGCGGUGGGCGAAGGGAAGACGUGUUUGUCAGAGUCACUUCAAUGACGUUUAAUCAAAACGUUCCCGGGAAAAGUUACAUUUUUAUCCUGUCCAGGCUGUUUCCCUGCCUCUCGGGGCUUUUCAGGACACAGAACUCGGCUUUAUUCGGUGCUAGCAACCGAAUAAACUUUAUAAAAACAAGGCGGAACGCUCGCAUGGAUUCCCAUGGCAUUCCGAGCGGGAGGAGCCUCAGAUCCUUAAGGGAAGAAUCUUCUCCCUUGGGCCUCGCACACCUGAGCAAGGCAAACAGGACCCAGGGUCCAGAUCAUCAGGGAAAUCAGGAAUUCCCUGCUCCAGGAACAUCCCCUACAGCCACAGUGGGAUCAUCUUGAAGGAGGUGCAGACCCAAAGUGUGGCUCCAUCAUCCAGAGAA